CGCACGGAUCGUGAAGUUUGACGUGGUGAUGGUGGCUGCCGCAAGUCUGGACGUCAACUGCCGUUCCCGACCCGCAUAUUUAGCUGUACUCCGCGACCGCCCGCACGGCGCACAGCAGGCGCGCGGCCGGGUGCUUCCUUUUUCUCCUCCGCUGCCGUGGUUCUCCUCCACCUCCGUCUCGGAUCCAGGAGGGGCCACUCCGUCGAGGCCAGAAGAGAGCCGAAGCGCCUUCCCGGUGUUCCCGUCUCCGCCCUCCGUUGCUGCCAUGGCCGAGCUGGCCCAGGCGGAGUUGUGCUCUCCGGGGCCCGCCGCGACGGCGACCUCUACGGGGAAGAGCGUCCAGGUGUGGCGUGCGUUGGUGAGCUGGAUGGCCAUCCUGUUCCGCCUCCUCCUCCAGAUCCUGCGAGGGACGCCCUCGUGGGCUCAGCUCCUCUCCUUCGUUGGCCUCCGCCAACCCCUCCUCUUCUCUCCGUCCGCCGCAUCCACGGGUUAUAAGCCUCUCGCAGUGGAUCGACCUAGCGAUGCCCAGCCCCUCCGGGUUGGAAACUCGCUGGAGUCCCUCAAUAGGCUCACGGUUGUACUUGAUUUGGAUGAGACUUUAGUUUGUGCAUAUGAGACAUCCAGUCUUCCGUCUGCAGUUCGUAUGCAGGCCAUUGAAGCUGGUCUAAAGUGCUUUGAACUAGAAUGUAUAUCUUCAGAAAAGGAUGCCGAUGGAAGACCGAAGGUCAACCAUGUCACUGUCUUUGAACGUCCUGGUUUGCACGAAUUCUUAAAACACUGCAGUGAAUUUGCAGAUCUUAUUCUUUUCACAGCUGGCCUUGAAGGUUAUGCUAGUCCUGUUAUUGACAGAAUAGAUGCUGACAAAAAAUUAAGUCAUCGGCUAUACAGGCCUUCUACUGUGAGCACGGAACACCGAGAACAUGUCAAAGACCUUACUUGUGUAUCGAAAGACCUCUCCCGCACGGUUAUUGUAGACAACAAUCCAUUUAGCUUCUUGCUUCAACCUUCCAAUGGAGUACCAUGCGUGCCAUUCUUUGCAGCACAACCUUGUGAUAACCAGCUCAUGGAUGUCAUUCUUCCCCUUCUGAAGCAACUUUCAUUUCAGAAGGAUGUCAGACCUGUUCUAUACGAAAAGUUUCACAUGCCCGAAUGGUUUGAACACCAAGGAAUCCCCUCCAUAAACCCUAGUCUGUGAGACAUCAUCGAAUUCCUGCUUCGAAGCUCCUCUUACUGGAAUGUACAGUAAGUAUUUUAAUAUACACAACGCAGGAACCCUAAUUCAAGGGGGGUCCCUGCUUGUAGAUAAUGAUUGGAAGAAUCUCCUGAGCGUCAAGGAGUGUCGAAGGACCAAGAUUUUAUGGCUCGAAGGAAGAAUUCUGAGAUCCUAAUGAACAGUAUCUAUUGUUUUCAUGGAAACAUUAAAUUCUGGUUGAUGUUAUUGUAGAUUCAUAGGACAUUACAUUUGCUUAGGAAGAUUACUUCAAACGGGAAGUGGAGUAAUGUUUUUGCAUUUUAUAUUAUUCUCAUUGAUCUUUGUAUGAA